CGAUUGUGAGCGAUGCUUUGUCAAUGUGUGUUUGCGUGUGUGUGUCUGAAUUGUUUCCUUUUUCCUUCUUUUCGUAUGGUGUGUGUUGUUGCUUUAUUGUAUCGCGUGUUCGGUCAAUUUGUUUAUGAAUUUGAUUAAACAACCAGUUUGAACAAAACGAAACAAAAAGCAGUAAACGAAAAUGGUUAGUACCAAGAAAACACGUGGAGAUAAAAAAAGCAAAUCCGCUUUAAAUGAAGUUAUUACCCGUGAAUAUACUGUUCAUCUGCAUAAACGAUUACAUGGCGUUGGCUUUAAGAAACGUGCACCGCGUGCCAUCAAAGAGAUCAGAAAAUUUGCACAAAAACAAAUGGCAACCGAAGAUGUCCGUAUUGAUAUUCGAUUAAAUAAAUUUAUUUGGUCACAAGGUAUCAGAAAUGUACCGUUUCGUGUUCGUGUACGUUUAGCCAGACGUCGUAAUGAAGAUGAAGAUUCUGUACAUAAAUUGUACACAUUGGUUACAUUGGUUCCCAUCAUACUUUGGGCAGCUAGGUCCAUAUUUCGUAAUCGUUUUCAUAAUCAAACGAUUUGUCAUCAAGAGAAUACAAUGGAUGUACAUAUUAUAUCGGCAUUAGUAGAUAAUUAUAUGUAUCUAAUUGUGGAUAAACAAAGUGGUGAUGCAGCGGUUGUUGAUCCAGUUGAACCGGAUAAAGUUGUUGAAUUGAUACGAUCAAUGAAAAAUCUAAAUCUUCGUACCAUAUUAACUACACAUCAUCAUUGGGAUCAUGCUGGUGGUAAUAAUAAAAUGUUACAAUUAAUACCCGGUUUAACUGUGGUUGGUGGUGAAGAUCGUGUUGAUGGUGUUGAUCAUAUCGUUAAAAAUGGUGAUAAAUUAUCAUUAGGUCGUCUUAAUAUUGAAUGUCUUCAUACACCAUGUCAUACACGUGGUCAUAUUUGUUAUAAAAUUUCAUGCGAUAAUGAUAUUUCCGUUUUUACUGGAGAUACAUUAUUCAUUGGUGGUUGUGGUAAAUUUUUCGAAGGUACUGCUAAACAAAUGUAUGAUGCAUUGAUUACUAUUCUUGGCUCAUUACCCGAUCAUUCCAAAAUCUAUUGUGGUCAUGAAUAUACAUUGAGUAAUCUAAAAUUUGCCAAACAAGUUGAACCGAAUAAUCAUGAUAUUGAUGAAAAGAUUCGUUUUGCUGAAGAAUGUCGUCAACAAAAUCGACCAACAAUACCAUCGACCAUUGGUGAUGAACGACGAUAUAAUCCAUUUAUGCGUGUAGAAGUAACAUCCGUACAACAACAUGUAAAGAAAGAUGAUCCAAUCGAAGUGAUGGCCGCUCUUCGAAAUGAAAAGAAUAAUUUCAAAUCAAAAUAAUUUCUCCACUAUAAUAAUGAUUGAUUUCAUUUUUAAAA